GGGACAUUUCCCAGAAGAAGAAGGAAAUAGAAGUAACGAAGUGGAGUCAGUUUUGUGUAGGUGUUUCCUGGAACACUUUGGGAACAGUCUUUUUUGGAAAUAAAUGGUUUCCAUCACAACUGAAAAUGUUACACAGCUGUACAACAUGACCACCCAGGAGCUCACAGUCAGUCUAGAAAAUUCCCACAAUAAUUCAGGAAUGCAUCAGAUAGAUCAAUACGAAUGUGUUAGUAAAGAGGUAUGGAACUGGCUACAGGAUUUUCAGCCUGGAUUUCUCUGGUUUAUAUUUAUCCUGGGAUCAAUAGAAAAUUCCUUUGUGCUCACUGUUCUGUGUUUCCACAAGAGUAGAUGCACAGUGGCUGAAAUUUACCUAGCAAACAUGGCAUUUGCUGACCUAAUGUUGGUCUGUAUUUUACCUUUCUGGGCCAUUAAUAUUUCUAAUAAUUAUCAUUGGCCUUUUGGCCUGUUUCUUUGCAAAGCCAUCAACAUUAUGAGUUACAUGAACUUAUAUUCUAGCAUUUAUUUCCUGACACUAGUGAGCAUUGACCGCUACCUGGCCUUGGUGAAAACCAUGUCUCUUGGACGGAUGAGACGAACUGUCUGUGCCAAAUGGAAUUGUUUUGUAAUUUGGACAUGUGCAUUGCUCAUGUGUUCACCUACAAUGGUGUUUCGAAAUCUGAGUUAUUUUGAACAGCUCAACAUCACAGCCUGUGUUCUUCUUUACCCAGCCAGUUACUGGGAGCCCACAAACAACUGCUUGCUGAAUAUUGUGGGGUUUCUGAUCCCAUUCUGUGUAAUUACCUAUUGCACUGUACAAAUCAUCAAAGCUUUACGAAGCAGUGAGCUACGGCAAAUGAAGGUACUCCACACAGAGAGAAGAGCCACAAUGUUGGUCCUUGCUGUGCUCCUGCUGUUCAUCAUUUGCUGGCUUCCGUUCCAGAUCAGCACAUUGAUUGACACAAUCCGUUACUUCUCACCCUCUGUCAAAUGCCUGGAGGACAUCAAUGACCUACUGACCCAGAUAGCCACAUACUGCUCCUUCAGCAACAGCUGCCUGAACCCAGUCUUGUAUGUGAUUGUUGGGAAAAACUUCCAGAAGAAGGCUGCGGAAUUCUACAAGGACUUGUUCACAAAGAGGUGCAGAAAUUUACAGUCUGUGCAGAUGGAAAAUUCCCUGGACACUUUAAGAACUUCCAUUUCAAGUGAAUACUCAAGGAAAAAGUCUGUUUUGUCAUUACCCCAAUAGCAUAAUUUUAGGAAAUCCUUAAGGGAGGAAAGCCUUCUAACAUAUCAGUCUCUGCUCAUAUCCAUAUGCUACAGGUCCACGGAGUAGACAUGUGGUAGUGUUCAUUACGUGAGGGAAAACAAUGGUGUGAUCUUAAUGGCGAUUCCAUAAAGAGACCUGCUUCUGAUGUUAUUGGACGUUUUUUGUGAUUGAAUCUUAUUUUACAGCUUACUUACAUUUUCAUGGCUGAAUGAUACUUGGCGCAUGAAUCAUUUGGAAUGUUUUUCUGAGUUGUACAUACAAUUCUCUGAACAGAGCCCCAGUACAGAAGCUAUUAUCAGGAUUGUGCAGCUACAUAUGGUACCCAUAAUAGUGUGUUAGAUAAGAUUUUUUUUGUUGUUUGGAAGGUGCUUGUAUUUGAGUAAGUUUUGUUAAGUGAGUCCAGUAGGAUGCAUUUUUAAAUGUGUCCAUCUUUUGAGCUUUUAAUUUCUCUUUUCAGUUAUCCAAAACUAUCUGAUUUUUUCAUUGACAAGCAGUGCCUUUUUGCAACUGCUCUGCUUCAUUACAGAUUUACAUGAGCAAGUACAUAUGAAAAGUAGCUGAAAAAAGGUAAAGCAGUAGGGGAAGGGAACUUGCACCCACCUGCAUGAAGUUUGCUGAGUUUUCUUUGUGGAAGAUUCUUUAUCCCUUCCACCUUGAAGUGAAAGCAUUCACUUACUCCUUUUGAGUGAGUGAAUGCUACUUAUAUUUAUGCUUACACUUCAGCUCAGAGACUCAGGAUUUUAGUAUUCACAAGGCAUAAUUAUUGCUAGUCAAUGGAUAUAAGAGCUCAGCACACCUGUUAUAACCUCACAAACAGAAGAAACUGACAAUAUGAAGGAGAGCAUCACCCAACUACAUUAGAAAUCUAACUGAAGAUAACAGGGGUCUUGAAAGCUCUGAGUAUUCAAGAAUGGCCCUUUCAGAUUCUAGUAAUACCAACAUUUUAUUUGUAAAGUUAAUCUGUGAGAUAUUAAUACAAGAUAGCUUUUCCCCAAUUGGACUGUAUUUUUGAGCUAAAUUGAUUAUACACAUAAAAAAACUCAUAGUGUACUGCACUGUCCAUAUGCACUUAAACCUCUUGGAGCCUUGAUCAAAACCAAGUGGAAGAUGAUCUAAGACAUGCUGAAACGAAUAGUCUCAGUUCUUUUCAAAGCAGUUAGGGUCGCAGCUUUUAUAGUUACCAAAGGAAAUGGAGUUUGGUGGCAUGAGUAAUCUCUGCUGGCAACUACAUGGUUUUUAUCUGUCAGAGCUUGAAUGGAGUGAUAAAGUUCAUUUAAGAUGGGAAAUUUUUAUUAAACCUUCAAAUAACUAAACCACGAAAUACAAGUGUGCAGAUGGGAUUUAAAGAUAAUGGGAUUUAGAUCACUGUAUAUGAUUUAUAGGCAAUUUCCAAGUUUUUCUUUGAUUAUCCAGUAUAAUCCUAUGUCAUAAAUACUUCUAUUGCUCAUCCUUUUUAUUGUCUGAAGCAACAGGGACAACUAUGACAAAACACAGGUAUUGGAAUUGUCUGCCCAGGGAAGUGGUGGAGUCACUAUCCCUGGAUGUGUUUAAAGAAAGAUUGGAUGUGGCACUAGGUGCCAUGGUUUAGUUGAAGUGUUAGGGCUGGAUUGGAUUUGAUGGUCUUGAAGGUGUCUUCCAUCCUAGAGAUUCUGUGUGAUUCUGUGAACACUGAAGAACUUUCUGUUAUAUCCAGUGUUAUCAUCCUCUCUCAUGCAUGAGCAUGCUGUUCAUGCAACACUUACACUAAAGGAACGCAAUACAGAGGUUAUUGAGGUAACAGAAGUUAUUUCUGAGUAUUUGGUACUGAGAA